CGUGCGUCGGUUGGAGAGACGCGCGUCGCGACGCCGUUUAAAAAUCGCGGUACGCGACAGUGAUUGAUGCCGGAUCGGGUCGCCGCGACCGAUUAACGUUCACGUCCGCCGGUGUAGCCUCCGGAUCUCGAGAUAAUCCGCUCAAACAGUCGAACCGUCUGAUCUCGCGUUCGUGGACAAUUGAGAAUUGGCGUGGUUGUCACAAAGUAUUUUUCAUAACUUCUGUUAGUCGGUUGGUUUGUUUUGCCGACAAACGGAAAAGUCUUUGGUCUGAUUGGAGGUUCCGGAUGUAUGAAAAAUGAAUUUUAAUUACAGCUGCGCAUUAUAAAAAACAGGGAGGAGAAUCGAGGCAAUUUUAAUAACCAAAGUGAAUGGGAAAAUUAAAUCGUUUUAUUAAAUGUAGUGUGGAACAUAAGUACGUGUUAUUAAGAACAAUGUUGUGUUUCAUUUCUAUAUUGUUAAUUCAUGGAGCGGCUGCGAUUAAAGUGGAAGACUUAAGCAGUAUUGGAGGAUCGAACAUUCCAAAUGGAAAGUUUCCCGUGGAGACUCCCAGUUUCAUGGGGCCGAUAAAAAAUGUAACGGUUGCUAUUGGAAGAGAAGCCGUGCUGAGCUGUUUGGUAACCGACCUCGGUCACUACAAGGUGGGAUGGAUGAAAGCGGAUGAUCAAACAAUUCUUAGUCUUCAUACACGUGUCAUAACACACAAUCCACGCAUAACAGUCACCCAUGAUGACAGCCUCAAAACCUGGCAGCUUCGAAUUAGGCAGCUCAAAGAAUCAGACCGCGGCUGUUACAUGUGCCAAAUUAACACGGGUGAAAUGAAAAAGCAGCUGGGUUGCGUGGACGUACAAGUUCCGCCGGACAUCGAAGACGAGGGCACAAGCAGCGACGUGACCGUGACCGAAGGCGACAACGUGACCCUAAGUUGCAGUGCCAAAGGACAUCCCGAACCGCGUAUCCUGUGGCGUAGGGAGGACGGCGGCCACAUCAACUUACCGAUCGGAAGCAACGAUGACCAGAAAGUGGAUACUUUCAGUGGGCCGACAUUGAGGCUUUCCAGGGUUGAGCGGAGACAAAUUGGCGCUUACCUGUGCAUUGCGAGCAACGAUGUGCCGCCUGCCGUCAGCAAGAGGGUUACACUCAACAUUAACUUUAGUCCCAAGGUGCAAGUUCAAAAGCCUUUAGUGGGCGCGCCACUGCAGACUACGGCUAAACUCAAGUGCGACGUAGAGGCUUUCCCUAACUCCAACAACUACUGGGUUAAGGAAAAUGAAGUCAUUCUUAGUGGACAUAGACAUUCAACGCAGGAAAGACGAACGGGAUUCAAAGUGGUUAUGAUAUUAACAAUCCAGAAUAUAACGGAUAAGGAUUAUGGAAAUUACAAUUGUGUAGCAUCUAACACAAUGGGAAAGGCGGAAGAAUCAGUUCGAUUAUAUGAAAUAAGAAUAACAACAACUACAACUACAACCACGACGACGACCACUACUACUACAACCACCACAGAAACAAAUUUAAUUUUAGAAAUAACUAGUAAUAUUAGAAGCACAAGCUCAAUACUUCUCGGCAACCCUUUGGGAGAAAGGGUGAUGGAAGAGGACCCGUCUGAAAACUGGCUCUUUCCGAGCGUGGCGCCCGCCCCUCUGGAACUGGAGACUAUCUCGAAGGCCUCUUGCGUCCAGAGAUCCCUAAUUUUUCAUUUCCCCUUGAUGAUAAUGCCGCUGGUUGCGGUUCUCAGGUGACAAAUAUUUUAAAACCGCCGUUGAAAAGUUCGCCGUUGAGUUUAAUGAUAACUGAGGAGUUCCAUUUUCAGCUAUGCGCAUUUUUUUGUACACGUAUAGGUGCCCAAAAACUUUUGACGUUAAUCAUAUCAGAGAAGAUAUUGUAAAAAUAAAGGUUAUACUUAUUUGUAAAUGUUGCAUUAUGAUGGGUGUAUAAAGACUACGUUGGUAAUAGGUAAUUUUUAUUGAACCGUGAUGAUAAAGGUGAUUGGAUUGGAUAAAGGUAAAAUUGACUAUAAAAUUAAUGUCUCACGAUUAUUUAUGUCCGGACAUUACCAAAUGCACACAAAGUAGUGAACAUACCAAGUAGCAUAAAGUUUUACACAGCCAGGCAUCUUUGUCACUGUUGUAUUUUGAACCUAUGUUAUAAAUAUUGCAUCAAAUUAAAUUUGAAUUUAAUCAUCAUGUUUACGACUUUAUCCAUCUAAAUCAUACUCGAUAGAUAUAAUAUCACAUAGAGGUUACCCGUUUAAGUUUUAAACAAUUUGUAACAUAGAUUUUAUAUGUAUAUGUAGAAAAUCUUAAGGAAGCAGCAGUACUUAAUAUUAUAUUAUUUAUUUACUUUGCUCAAUUAAUAUAAAAUAUGUAUAGUACGUAAGUCAAAAUUAUUGUAAGCUAAAUGGGAACAACUUUAACUGUCUAAAUUUGUUUAACAAAGUAUUAUUACAUUACUUUGUCAGAGAAAUGUUCAUGUACAUGUGGAACAUUGUGUUUGAUAAAUAUUCUAUAAGUAUUUCCCAUUUAGUGGUAAAAAUUAAGACUGUAAUCAAAAUGACCUAAACUUGUAAAUAUACCGAUAGUGAAAUUUGUGUGAUUCCGAAUUAAUUAUAAUAAAACAAAUAUAGCAUAAAUGUUCUGUAAAUGAAUGUACAUAUCCUGCAGUAUAGCAGUAAGCACGUUAUUAAAACAAUAAAGUUAAUUUAUUAUAAAAUGUGGCCUAUUUAUUUUGGCCCACUACCAAAAAUUCUUUAGAAUAGUUCACGAAGGUAAGUAUUGCAGAAGAUACAAGUUUCUAGAGUUCAUUUGAAUAUAUACAUAUUUAAUAUUAUGAAUUAAAU